AUUUCUUUUAAUCGAAAACGAAAUUGGAAGGCAGUGGAGCGAGCUAUAAAUUGGGUGUUUGCAAUUGAGGGCCGAUCGUGGUGAAGCGGCCCGUUGAUUUUUCUCAGCCAUUAGUGUGAUCGGAAAUAUCUUUCUGUUCUUUGUUGUUUUUGAUUUCUUUAGCUCUAUUUCUAGAUUCUUUCUCUUGUUACUGUCAUUCAAUCGAUUCUCUGUUUAGCGUUCUUCUUCUUCAUCAAUGGCGUUCAAGAAAACCCUAGCACAGCGUCUCUUUAAUAUAUCCAAAAUCUCAGCACAAUCCCUCACCAAAUGCCGGAUUUCGUCAUCUUCUCUUGCGGUUCGUGUUCCUCCCAACACUAAUACUUCCAACAUUGCUCAUGAUCCCGGAGACCAUUCCGUGUUUCGUCGUUUUCUUCACAAGAGGGCGGUUUCUCAGCCGGCGAUUUCGCCGGAGUUUCGGGAAUUGGCGGCCGGAGGGAACAUUGCGGAGAAGUUUAAAUCUCUAGGGAUUGCACCAGAUCGUAUCCGACUCGAUUGCCUUCGUCCUCCUGCUUGCGAGACGUUGGUUUCGGAUCCGGAUAGGUCCGAUGUUAAGGAUGGUUUGACAGUUGAGGACGCGAGGAAGUUGCUCAGGGUGGCGCGGAUGGAGAUGGUGAAGAGAAAUUUGAGAGAAAUUCAGGAAUCGUGGAUUCCGCACUCGGAAUUCGUUAGGGUUUGUAGUCAGGGAUGUGAUGAUCCUGAUCAAGGUGUUGAGAUUGCUCAAAUGCUUGAUGAAUCGGGGACUGUGAUUGUUUUAGGAAACGUGGUGUACCUCAGGCCUGAACAGGUAGCUAAAGCCAUUGAAGGCCUAAUUCCCUUACCAUCAGUCAUUCCAAAUGAUGCUAUAAGGGAAGAGCUUGAAGAAUUGGAGAUGCAGAAAGCUGCUAUCGACAAACGAGCCGAAGCACUAGCACGACGAGAGCUCUGGUGCGGAUUGGGCUUCCUUGUGGCUCAAACAGCUACAUUCAUGAGGCUCACCUUCUGGGAGCUCACUUGGGAUGUCAUGGAGCCAAUUUGCUUCUAUGUCACCUCAGGUUACUUCAUUGCUGGUUAUACCUUCUUCCUCAAGACCUCGAAAGAGCCUUCAUUCGAAGGCUUCUUCCAAAGCCGGUUUAGCACGAAGCAGAAGCGCCUGAUGAAGCUUCAGAAUUUUGAUAUCGCUCGUUACAAUGAACUCCGAAGAGCUUGUUUUCCCAAUUCAUCACCUCACGGACUUCCUUCAGAUUCUAUGGUGUAUGAUAAUUCAGCAAAGAUGCAGUUGGAAUCUAUACAUCAUUAAAAAAAAAAAAAGUUACACAAGGCUUUAAAAUAAAAAAGUAUACGUAGUGUGCUGUUAAGCUUUUUUUUUCACUGCUACUUUUAUAACUUCCAUUAGGUGCGGCGGCUUUCUGUAAACAGAGUACAUAGAAUUGUCCCCUCUUCUAACAAAACUUAAUCCUUUUUCUUAUUUAAUACACGUUAAUAGGAGCAAAAAUAGGUUGGCUGAGCCCAUUUAUUAGUCACUUUUGUUCUUCAAUACAACAAAUAUUAACAUGUACUAGUUAAAAAAGGAGUCAAAGUAGUAGAAAUCUUAGAAUUGGAGGCUUAUUUUGUUAUUAAUGAGAAUGAUAUAAUGUUCUCAUCUGAGCCACUUGAAUGUGAAUAAAUUUUAAUUGAACGUGA